UCCAUUCACUCGUGUGGGCAUAGACUACUUCGGGCCAUUCUUGGUUAAGAAGGCACGCAGUGAGCUCAAGAGGUAUGGAUGUUUAUUUACAUGUCUCACUACGAGAGCCAUCCACUUGGAAGUUGCGCACACCCUUGAUACCGACUCCUUCAUCAACGCCUUACAGCGAUUUAUCGCUAGAAGAGGUCCACCCAUGGAAAUUUGAUCGGAUAAUGGGACUAAUUUCGUCGGUGGAUUACGAGAGUUGCGGAAAGCCAUCAGUGAAUGGAAUCGGCAAAAGAUUUCUGAUUACCUGCUGCAGAACAACGUAAAAUGGAUCUUCAAUCCACCUGCCGCCUCCCACAUGGGUGGUGUUUGGGAGCGACAAAUUCGCACCGUUCGUUCCAUUCUAAACACUGUCCUAUUGCAGCAGGCACCAGAUGAUGAGGGUCUGACAACACUGUUUUGUUGCGUUGAGUCUAUUGUCAAUGGUAGACCAAUCACUAAACUCUCAGAAGACCCAUCAGAUCCUCUACCACUCACCCCAAAUCAUCUGUUGUUACUCCGUUCCGGUCCAACUCUACCUCCUGGAGCCUUCGUAAAACAAGACCUUUACCGACGCAGAUGGCGUCAGGUACAAUAUCUGGCAGAUGUCUUCUGGUGCAGAUGGCUCAAGGAGUAUUUACCUGCAUUGCAACAACGCCAAAAAUGGCUACAACCAAAGCGGAAUCUUCAAGUAGGAGAUCUCGUGAUCAUUCUGCAUGAAAAUACACCACGCAAUCAUUGGCCGCUAGGUCUGAUUACUCAAGUCUAUCCAGGUGCAGAUGGACUGGUGCGUACUGUGGAAGUGAAAACACAGGCAGGAGUCUUCAACCGUCCUGCAGACAAAAUCUGCCUCCUGGAAGCCAGUCUUCCCAGUUGACUCUUCUCAGUUAAAUUAGCUUAAUUGAGACAUCACCCUUCCUUUGUUUAAAUGACCUGUUUGGGUCAUUGGGGGCCGGGAUGUUGGGUGCUGCCCCUUUAAGAACGUGAUUUCAGUGGGCGCCCAUGGGAUUGCAAAAAAAAAAAAAAAAAAAAACACUGAUAGAGAAAAGUUGUUCAUCCAUGUUGUUCUCCUGUUUAAGCUUGCUGAACUUUUAUAACAAUUCCAGAUUUAAGCUAUAACUUAAACUAUAUAUUCCCAGCGUGUUUGACCGCACGUAUGCAUAUGUAUUCAAAUUCUAACUACAAGUAAACAACAACAACAACGACCAAAAUGUGUACGGUGUGAGUUCUGCACUAGUGGAAUAAAGGACAAAAUCAAGUUCCAAGUUAAUGUUAUCAUUUCAUGGGUAACAUGCACUUUCAACAAAUGCUGCAGAAGAAUUACUGUAACCAAAGUCAGUGGCCGGACACUAAUCAACUUAAUGGUUAAAUACAGACUUCAUCAACUUUUGUAUAUGUAUAUGAAAGAAAUAUAUCCAAACAGGUUUAAGUGAACAUGGUCAUGAUGUUUUUGGAGCUGUUUAAGCAUCCUCUGAUCGAGGCCAUAUGAAAACUGUUACACAGUAUUUGUCCUUGUGGGAUUUGUCAACCGCAUGUCCAUUCAGGUGCUGAUGUGCAGUCCUGAGAUGAUGAUGAUGCUCUUGAAGAACCAGUUUUGUUUUCCUGUAUUGGUUCUGAUUUAUUUUGGAAAAACAUUUCCAGUAAUGAGUUUCAGAGGUCGAGACGUCGGUUCAGAGAUGGAACAAGAAACCUAAACCUCAUUCAGGCUGUAAUAAAAUUGCAGAAGCGAGAGGAGAUUUAGCGCUUCUGCUGAAGACAACAGUUCUCGGGAGGAACAAGUAACAUUUAAAUCAUCAUUAUUCAUGUUAAAAGUGAAUCAUUGAAGGACAAUGGCGUCUGUUAAAGAGCUGCUCGUGAAAUCACUGAAGGAACUGGGAGAAGAUGAUCUGAAGGAGUUUAGGUGGUUCUUAAAGAAUCAUAAGCAUAUUUCAAAACGUGAAAUGGAGAAUGCAGAUGUUUUUGACACAGUGGACAAGAUGGUAGAGCGUUUUGGACCAGAAGAAGCUGUGAGGAUCACGGUGGACAUGCUGAGGAAGAUGAACAAGAACCUUCUGGCUGAAGAGUUAGAGAACGAACGCAAGGAAGGUUCAAUCAUGAGGAACAGUAAAACUGUUCUUCUUGAUUACGGAGAGAUCAGCUUCAAACUGAAAAACGAAUUACAACAGGAGUACAACCGGAUAUUGGUUGGUAAUUCACAGACGGGUCAUCGUCAGUACUUGAAUGAUAUUUACAGUGAUCUAUAUGUGGUGGAGAAUGAGACUGGAGGAAUAGUGAAUGAACACGAGGUGAGAAAGAUUGAAUUAAUUCACAGCAGAUCUACCACCAAGGACAUAGCGACCCAGUGUAAUGACCUGUUCAAAGUCAAGAGUGAUACGGGUCAACAAAACAGAAAAGUGCUGAUGAUGGGGAUCGCAGGGGUGGGAAAGACGCUCUCUGUUAAUAAGUUCAUUCUUGACUGGGCCAAAGGAAAUGACAAUCAGGACAUACUCUUCAUAUUUCCACUCCCAUUCCGUAGACUGAAUUUGAUUAAAAAAAAGUACAGUCUCAUGGGACUGCUUCACGAAUGCUUCUUUAGUGGUCCUGAAGAACUGCCCUGUCUUCCUGAAGAUGACGGUAAGGUCAUGUUCAUCUUUGAUGGGCUGGAUGAAUGUCGCUUCCCUUUGAACUUUCAACAGGGUGACAGAUUUACAGAUGUGCAUAAAAAAACAACAGUGAGUAAGUUAGUUACAAACCUGAUCAAGAGACAUCUGGUUUCCUCUGCUCUCAUCUGGAUCACGUCUAGACCAGCAGCAGCCGGUCUGAUACCCCGAGAACACGUUGAUCAGGUGACAGAAGUGCGAGGAUUCAAUGAUGAGCAAAAGGAGCAAUACUUCAUCAAAAACAGUAGUCCUGAGGUUGCUGGAAACAUCAUCCGUCACAUCAGGAAAUCCAGGAGUCUGUACAUCAUGUGCUACAUCCCCCUCUUCUGCUGGAUCUCUCUCACUGUUCUUCAGCCUCUGCUGACUCGAGAGAGUGACGAUAUGGCCACAACUCUCACAGAGAUGUACACAAAGUUCUUGCUUUGCCAGAAUCAACAGAUGAAAAAGAAAUCCCUUGAACUUAAACCCAAAGCCAAGUCUUAUGAUCAGAUCAUUCUGAAGCUUGGGAAACUGGCCUUUCAAGAGCUACAGAAAGGUAAUCUGAUUUUCUACAAAGAAGAUCUUAAGGAGUGUGGACUAGAUGUCAGUGAAGGGUCAGUGUUAUCUGGGUUAUGCACUCAGAUCUUUCAGACAGAAAAGGCUGUUUCAGACAGAAACAUUUACAGCUUUGUACAUCUCAGUGUCCAGGAGUUCCUUGCUGCUCUCUAUGUGUUUUUCAAAUACAAAUGCUACGGAAGAAAUGCCUUUCUUCGAUCUGAGAGAAGAAAACCAUCAUUGAAACUCUCCAAAACGUCAUUAUUUCAGCUUCAUAAGUUUGCAAUCAACAAGGCUUUAGAGAGCAAGAAUGGACACCUGGACCUUUUCCUCCGGUUUCUGCUGGGUCUAUCAGUGGAGUCUAAUCAGAGUGAACUGAAGGAACUGCUGCCAAGACUGGAAAUGAAACCUGAGAAUGUCAAAGACACUGCUGACUAUAUCAAACAGACAAUAGAGACAGAGAAAUCAGUGGAGAGGAUCAUUAAUCUAUUCCACUGUCUAGUUGAACUGAAAGAUGGCUUUAUGGAGGACAUCCAGCGGUAUCUGAGUGCAGGAAAUCUUUCAGCACAGCAUCUCUCCUCUGCUCAAUGGUCGGCUCUGAUGUUUGUGCGCCUGAUGUCAGACGAGAAGUUUGAACUGCAGGAAUACAGCAGAUCUGAACAAGCGCAGGGGUUGCCAGUGACUCACAACACCAGAAGAGCACUUGUGGAUCACGGAGUAGAGAUCAGAAUAACAGCAGGACUACAAAAGUAUGCCUGUGAUCUCACACUGGAUCCAAACACAGCAAACAAUCGUCUCAUUCUGUCUGAUGAGAACAGGAAAGUGAGACAUGUGAAAGAUCAUCAGCCGUAUCCUGAUCAUCCAGAGAGAUUUGUUCCCCAUGAGCAGGUUCUGUGUGUUGAGAAUCUGACUGGACGCUGUUACUGGGAGGUUGAGCGGAGUGGUUGGACUCAUAUAGCAGUGACAUAUAAAGGAAUCAGCAGGAAAGAAGGGAAUGACUGUCAGUUUGGAUACAAUGACAAAUCCUGGAGUCUGUUCUGCACUGAUAAUGCAUUCGCUGUCUGGCACAAUAAUGUCAGCACUGACUUACCAGCUCCUUCACCCCGGUCUGAUAGAGUAGGAGUGUAUGCGGACGUGUCGGCCGGCACUCUGUCCUUCUACAGCGUCUCUGACUCGCACACACUCACACACUUACACACAUUCAACACCACAUUCACUGAACCCCUCUACACUGGAUUUAGAGUUUGUUAUGCUUCUUCAGUGUCUCUGUGUAAGACGGACACACGCAACUAAAACAGAGAGAUAAACUAUAUAUAUAUAUAUAUAUAUAUAUAUAUAUAUUUAUUUAAAAUAUACAGUAGUUAGUCACCUAAAAUGCCUCUUAUCGCUCAUUAAAUACAACAUGUACACUCAUUCGUGAAAUCACCACCAGGUGCCGCAAAGGGACAUAAUCCAACAUUGCUCAGUAAAGCUGGAAUUGUGACAUUUGGUCCUUCUUUAUAUUAGGUGGCCUUAACUACUAUGUACUUACAUCAAAAAAAUAAGUACAAUGUAUUUAUUGUGGUCAUAUUGUAUUGCAAAACACUUUUGCUGCUAUAGAGGUGGGAUACGGGUGAAGUUAGGGACAGGUUUGGUGGUAUGGUGGUAAGUUUAAGGGUGGGUUAAGGUGUAAGGGAUGGGUCAACAGUGUAAUUAUAAAUUUAAUUACAGAAAUUAAUUACAGAUGUAAUUACAUAUAGGUAUUUUUUAAAAUAUAAGUACAAUGUAAAAACAUGUAUGUACACAAUAAUUGCAUUCUACCAAAUUAUUAAUGUAAAUGUAAGUACAUAGUAGUUAAGGCCACCUAAUAUAAAGUGGGACCUGACAUUUUAACUUGUAAAUGAAGAUAAAAUAAUGAAAUACAUUUAUAGGACAGACAUGAACAGGAACACAGGACGGGGACCUCCAGAGUGUAACAGACAGACGGAGGCCAUGGCAGGGCUGGGAGUUCAGGAGGCCAUGGCAGAUGGUCUUUGUGGCCACGGCCACAUUCUUCGGCCUAGUCAGAGCUCUACCCAGAGCUCUACU